CUGUAGAAGAUGUGGUUUGCUGCUACAAAUUUCAGUAAUCCACCAGGGCUUUUUCUUUUCUCUUUUGAAAGCUGUUUAACCUCUGAUCUUGGGAGGUUGUGGGACCUUGCCAUCAUGCCAGGCAUGCAUUGGUCUCAAGCUGCUGAUCUAAAAUGGGGUAAAAGUUUUUAAAGAGUUUAUAGCAAAUCAAUUGCUACUCUUAUCACCAAUACUGAGGCAAAAUGGAUGAAAUUUACAAGAUCUCUUCAACAGAGAGAGUCCAGCAGGUAGAAAAAGAGCUAGCAAUACAGCUGACUGAACUGAAGACAGAAAUAGAGGAGAACGGGGUUCUGCACGGAACACCAAACAAGUCUUAUAGCUCCGUUCCACUCCCAAAAGAUAUUUAUUUUUUCAGAAGAGAAAGAGAGUUUGCACUGAAAAAAUGUUUACAGGUAGCAGGUGCAAAACCACUUGUAAUUCAAGCUGAUGUCCUGCAGAGAGAGCUAGAGAGCUGUCUGAAAAGAGAAUAUACUUCUGCAAGCUUACCUUUGUUAUUGCAUCAGUUUUUUACAGACAGAAUCACCCAAUUGGUGCAAAGCAAAUAUUUAUACAUGCUUAGAUGGAAAAGAUUUUGUCAGCACAGCAGUGUAAUUGAGCAACUAUAUCCUUUCUACCAGAAACAGGUGGCUCACAUUAUGCAGGAAUACAAUGAUGCAGUUCAAAGGGCGACAAGACUGUCAAAGGCACGAGAGAAUUUCCUUUCAGGACAGGAAAAUCCCACAAGUUUAGUGACUGAAGAAGAUCUAGCUAUUUACAUACAAUGGCUAAUAUGUCAUCUGCACUCACUUAAGGCCAUCCACAACUACCUUCAGGUACUGCAGUACUUGCCUGUCACUCACAGGAUGGAGGAGGCCAUUGGUAGGCAUCAAGGCCGUGAUGAUCAGGAUAAAGACAAAGCUUUCAAAAAGCUGGACUCCUUGUCUUCUAAUAUGCAGUUCUUUAUCUCACCCAAUGCCGCAACCACAGAUGGAUUCCCAUCGAGGGAAGCCACCUCUGCACUUCCCCAGCACAGAACAGACAUUGAUGAUCUGAAGCCCCAGCUCAGACUUUUGCUUUCUCAGUUUGGGAUCAGCUACAACGUAGAAGUCCUGAGGCAUUCUGCUGAUGAAAUUGAACUUUUUUCUAUGGUCACACAGAAGUUUCAUAGCAUCUUCAAUAAGCAGCAGACAAUGAGAACAUUUCCUGUUUAUGAUUCUGGAACACCUGGGCUAGAAACGUGGGGUAUAGUAGACCCCAAAAUGGUGCUGAAAAAGAAAGCCAACUGGAUUCCUUUUAUAAAGAUUAAACCUAAAAAAGAUCCAUGGCAAGAAAAACUGAUGAUGAAACUGAAACAAUGGAUAAAAGUAGAUGAACUGCUACAGCUUCAAUCAAAGUUUUUAGCGGUUUCCAAUGCGAAGCAUGCGAUGGAGGCACUCCUGAAGCAUGCAGCUGCAGCAACAGAGAAAAGGCCAACAACAUCAACUUUUAUGACUUCUGUUAACUUAGAACAAUAUGAUGAAAUCUGGAAAAAGAUUUAUUGCUGCCCAGAACUCUCUCUGGACCAAACAAGUGAUGAUGAUGAUGAUGAUGAUGAUGAUCCUAGUGUGGCAGUAAGUGAGAAAAAUGUAGGAAAUGCUAACCAUAGUAAGUGUUCCUCAUUGUCAAGCAAGAAGGAAGACCCAAGACAUAAUUGCACAGCCACCUUGCAGCUCUUGGGGUUAGAUGAGGGCAUGGAGGAGGCCAGCAGCAAGGACUUCACCACCGUGAAAGGGGCCUACUUGUCUCUCCUUUAUUUGCGGCAUUUAAGAAUUAGAGAACUGCAGCGCAUUUGCUUAGGAAUCCUCAAUUACUUUAGAUCCAUUGAAAGGACGCUCACAAUCAGCACCUCGGGGCUGACCUUGACUGCUGGUAAUCUGGUCUCUACUGCUGAAGAUCCUUGUUGGGUAAAUGCAGCCAAAGGAGGUAUUGGUGCCUUUGGUGGUCUUGGCUGCCACUCCUACAUGCAUUAUACGCCAGCUGACUAUAAGGUUCACAGUUCUCAAUUUAUGGAAUUUGCAGAAGUAGAGAAUCACGAUGAUUUUUACACCACAGAGGACGCCUACAUUCACACACAAGAUCAGCGAGGGGUUUAUGUGAUGUAUGAUGCUGCUCUCCAGGAUCUGAAAGAUCUAGAAAAGGAACUUUUACUUGUGGCAACACAGUACAUCCAAACAGAGAAGGUCCAAGCAGCAGGCAGUGAUUCUAGCAAUGGUGCCUGUUCAGGGUGGGCACUUGCAUCUGUGGACCGAUCUGCAAUACUGCUUGACCUUUGGACUUGUGAAAAAAACUUCUUAGAAAAUAAAUGGCAGCUUCUGGAUAGUUACUUUGAAGUUUAUCAUCAUGCCUUAGAUUCAGAAGAAAGAUUUGCUUUGGCCCAAGUAAUAACUGACAUUAUGUACAAACGCCCUCGAUUUGAUUUCCGCCUUGACUAUUUUGUAAACAUCUAUAAAGAUGAGUGCAUUUGCCUAAGGCUUCAGCUGCAGCUCAUAAAGGAUGUGUUGAACAAACAGAUAGAUAACCAGCGUAAAUAUAACCAUAAGAUUUGGCGUGAUGGUCCUCAAGAUGGCAUCAGUGAAUAUGGUUUUCCCCCAUAUAUUAUUGCAAAACAGUUAAUUGCUGUGAAUAAUAGUCCUCCUGCUUUGAAGAACAUUUAUUUGCUGGAGUUCCACCCCUCUCUUGGCCUGAUAUCUUUAAUCCCCAAAAGUUUGGAUCAUGCCCUCCAGGAAUUCCACCAAAUCUGUAGGCCAAAAACUGCCCGUGAUGUCAUUUACCUGGAGAAACAUGUGCUGCAACUUGCACUGGAUGAGUGGAUGACCAUGGAAAGUACUGAAUUUUUUUAUGGCUCUCAGAUUCAAAAAGAUUUAUUCAUGGAUGUUCUGGUUGAAGAUCCUUCUCUUGUAAGAGAAAUUGCUACGUCUGCACUGAAAUCCAUAACAGAGGAAGCACAGAAACAGGGCAAAGAAAAACAUGCUUUUGUUGUGAAUAUUUUUUCAAGACUCCUGGAACUUCUAACUCUUCGUCACCGAUUGAUAGAAGCAGCUGUAGAGAGUGCACAGCUGGGCAGAUUGUACAAAGAAUUUGCAGGAGAAAUGGGGUUUGAUGAAUUCCAUUUGCACUUAAGGCCUGUGUUCUUUGAAUUUGCAACUUACAAAGAGAAAGCAGAUCAACUCCCACCCAUAUUCAUUACUUCUCUUCUUGAGGAUGACAGUGGUGUGGAUAGGUAUAUUCCAUCCAGCUUAGUGCUAAGUAUCCAAGAUAUUGACAAUCAAAUUGGAAAAUUUAGCUUUCAGACAAGAGAGAGCAUUUUUCAGCUGCUAAUGCACUCUGGAAUAGAAGACUUGCAGAUUGCUCUUGCCUGUCAAGUCACUCAGAAAAAUGCUCUCCUUGCUGCUGUUCAGCAGGCUGCAUUGUGCCACAUGUUGCAGCCAACACAAACUGUAGACAUGAAGGAAGGGAGCCAGAGCCUGAGAAGUCAGAGCAGCUCAGCAACUGAAAGAAGUUCCGCUGUUGGGAAUGAAACAGAAAACCAAUUCCUUGCAACAGCCGCAUCGAUCUCUCAUUCCCUUGUCCAUUUUGCAGCUGGACACUGGAGCUUAAAGAGAUCUCCAGAAGCUUUUAUUUCAAUUCAGUUGGAGAAACAAGGUCCACGAGACGUUAUGCUGAACACAUUCAUUCAAAAGAAACAAAUACUGGGAAGCAGAAUGCAAAAUCCAGAUGAAGUUAGAAAAGUCAAAAGAGAAGUUAUUGCUGAGUACUGUCAUAAGGUUACCCAUCGUAUAUCGCAAUACUCUCUUCGAAGCCAGAUCAUUGCAUAUUACAACCAUAUAAAAGCUUUGCUAGAAGAUUUCCCCAGUGUGAGAGACAAAUACUUCAUUAGAGGAUUGCCACAAGAGAAGAAAGGGGAAAAGAAGAAACUUGAGAACGAUCCCAGAUCAUUCCAUCCACGAUCCCGGAAUUUGCUGUCUGCUGAUGGACAAUCCUUUUUGAAUCUGUGGUUCAUCCCCCAUCCCUCAGAAACACUAUUUAUGUUUAAAAUGCUGCCGGAAAAGGCUGGUUACAAAGCCCUGAGACUGACACUGCAAAUCGUAGCAGCUUUUCACGACAUCAUUUCAUACAUUUUCAGCUUUGCUCAACUAGGAAGUGGUCCAGGUUGCUUUGAUUACCUCUGUCUUGAGCAUUUAACUGCAGAUUGGGGAGGGACGGAACAGAUUGGAACAGAGCUUCAAGAGCUACAGAAAAUGAUAGACAACCUCCAUAAUCCCUCAGAUCCAAACAAAGUAGCCCAGAUGCUGAGCUUGCACAGAGAAAUUAUUUUUAUGCAGUUUGAUGCAGCCGUAAGACAUUCUAUGCGAAAAGCAUUUUUAUCUUCUGGGAAUGUCUCUGCCUAUCAGAGUAUUACAGACAACAUCUACCACGGGUUACCUCCCUUAAGUGCCUGUGUUGUUAGAAGUGCCUUUGCUUCCCAACUCCUACUUCCACAGCUGCUGGAUCCAUUUGGUCACAGAGCCCUAAUGCUGUUUCCCUGGAGAACGUUCCUAACAAAUCGAGGUCCGUUUCCUAUCAUCAUUAGCAAUCUGAAUAACAACAUACAGCUAUGCCUGUGUGGUCUGAAUGACGAGGAUCGAAAAGUUGCACAUGGGGAGCUGGUUGGGAUGCAGUUUGAAAUGGAGGACAUACUCCGGAAUAAUUAUGAAGUUCUGGAUGAUCGCGGGGAAAGGAAGACACCUUUUGCGAAGAGUUCAGGAAGACUUGCUGAAGUGAGUGGAAAGCCUUCUGGAGUGCUGCUGGAGCUGCCUGAUUCAGUGGCCUCGUGUUCCUUGUUGAAAUCUUACCUGAUAUUAUGGAAACAACUGGAAAUGUCCAAGACAGAAUGGGGAAGACUCAAACUGAAGGUUGAUGAUAUCAACACAGUUGCUCUAUACAAGCAAUUUUCUGAACUAUACAAUGCUGAAAUUUUUUACCCAGCUAUAAGAUCUGUAGCCAUACAUAUGGGUAUAGAAGAUGAAUUCGAAGAAUUUGUUACCACGUCUCAAUGUAUAUGUCCUCUUAAAGAAGUUUCAGAAGUUGAGCUCAAAACAAAGCAGCUCAAAAAUCUCUUGGAAAGUCUAGAAAUACAUAUGAUUCAUGAUGUUCAAAAGAAAAUAAACAAAGAGUUGACACUGGUUAUAUCUGAAAAAGCAAGAGAAGAGAGAAACCUUCCCACUGAGCUCUGGAAACAUCACAGCAUGCAAGAAAGCUUCUCAGUUACUAGGCCAGAAAUAGUUGAGUCAUUUAUACAGAGGUUAAUGGAAAAUCACAAAGAAACUGAUGCGGAGAUCACUACUGGAAAAGACCACCUACACAGAUGCCUCACUGCUCUAGGUUGUGACAUCAUGGCCAGAGAACGCAGCAACUUUGAGAUCUAUUCCAUGUUCUACGAAAAUAUCCUCCAGCACCAGCAUCAGCUACUGUAUCAAAAAGAACAAAAAAUGCAUGCAACAGAAGACAAAGACAGAAAUGCUGAGUUGGGGCUUAGUCAGGUAGCUGAACUGAGCCAUGAGAUGAUCAUGGAAAUAACAACUCUGAGAGCCAAAUUUGCUGAUCUACAAAGAGAAGAUAACACCCUCAAAGAACAAAUAAGAAAAGAGGUGCAAGAGGAUUAUAGCACAUUAGUGCAAAACUUAUUCCUGAUGUGUUUGGAACUGAAAGGAAAAUUGGAUUAUUACCGUUUAAGCAUCAAUCGACGUAUGUUUGAGAUCAUCGGUCAGGUGAGAAGAGAUGGAGUGGACAAAAUGAUUGGCUUGAAGAAGAAGUUUGGCUCCAUUAAAGACAAUACUGAGCUCAGAGAACAUUUAGCUCAACAGAGGCAACUACAGGAGCUAAGGGAUGAAAGUAGCUGUUUAAGUGAGUUGGUGUGCAAACUGAAAACCAUGCGUGGCUGGAAAGAAACAGUCCAAAAAGCACAGACAUCUGCUUCCUUGAGAGAGAUGGAGAAGGAGGCCAUUCAAAACAAAAAAGCGUGUCUGAAAUGCAAGGUGAUGGCGGAACAAGAGGCUGUUUUAUUUCAUCAACAAUUGAAGGCUGCCAGGAAAGCUCUGGCACAGUCUCAGGCAGAGAAUAAAAGGUUGAAGCAAAAGCUUGACAAACAGGAACACUUGCUGCAAGAGUCGGAACACAGGAUGAGUCAAGAAGUCCACGGAAGACAGAAACUCGAUCAGAUUAAGACAGAGAGCUUGGAAAGGGUGCUGGAGGAUCUUGGAAACAGAGAACAGAAACUGCGGUGCCUGUCAGCAGAAACAGAGAAAUCCUUGCAGAUAAGAAAGCUUCAAGAAACGAAAGUGAAAAAAGAAAUUCACCAAAUAAGAACCCAACUGAUCCAGGAACGUAGUUUAAAGCUGGAUGCCUUUAAGAAGGUAGAUGAGCUUCAAAGACAGCUUUAUGACAUGGAAGCUGCAGCAUCCCAGAGCAACUUCUCUGCAGGCUCUGCAUCAUGGGUUCAUAACACAGGAAUAUCAGUGUUCACAUUAACAAAGGAUUAUAAGCAGCACUUUUUGACUACUGACUCUAUGCAUAGCAUCAACAAUAUAACUGAAAAGAAUCAACGACCUAAAACAGUACCCAGCGGAUGGAGAAACAGAGUAGUAGGUACACUCUUGCCAGAUCUUACAGAAAACUCUCAUUCUACCGAACCUAUGCAGUUUUGCAAACUGACAAAAUCUCAAAACUGUUUACCAAGAAAGCUACAUCACUAAGUAGAAAGUGCUCCAGCUAGAAACUUUGUAUUAGUUGGAACUGCAAAAUCUGUAGUUGUACAAGCUGUUAAUAAAGUAUUAUUACUCCUC